UCCAGCGUCAAGACAUCGUCGAAAAGGCGGAAGUAACGUGAAGGUUGGAGCAGAGCGGAGUGGUUGCAGUGCACUGCUUGCUUUUUCACGCGUAAACAUGGGUGUUAAAAUAGAGAUUUUUAGAAUGAUGCUGUACCUGUCCUUCCCCGUUGCCAUGUUUUGGAUAUCAAACCAAGCUGAGUAUUUUGAAGAGUACAUUGUCAAAAGGAAGAGGGAAAUCUUUCCACCAGAUGAGAAGAUGCAUAGGCAAGAGCUUGAAGCGUUUAAGGAGCGCAUGCGGGCCAGAAAGGAACAGCGGAUUUUGAAACAGAUGGGCCUGGAGUCUCAGGACUGAGUCUACUGAAAAUGGAACUGACAAUGAAAGCUGUUUUCCUUCUGAAUUGUGGAUCCUUCAAACCCAAGGGAAGGCAAGGCAAGCAUUCUCUUAAGAAUGCUUAUGGAAUUAUGUGGUGAAAGUAUUGCCAAGUUUGAGGUUUGGACAUUGAGGUGACUGAUCUGUCAUGGGUCAGAAGGUGAACGAUUUUUUUGAUCCUUGGGACUGCUAAAUCAAGUUGGCAUGUUUUUUUUUUGCGUUAUUUCAAAUGUUUUCCCUUUUUUCAUAUUUCAAUCAAAUGCAUACAAACACACUGGUUUCAAUCAAAGCUUAAAUGCAUUAUUUAUUUUUCAGUGAUUUAAACAUUUGUUAUGUACAUAUGCACAUUUUAUUGUCAUUAAAGUAAGAACAUAUUGACAACCUAAUGUAUUUAGAUGUUGUGAACUUGUGUAAAUUAGAUUUGUUUUAUUCUAAUAAUUCUGUCAUUUUUUGAACUAUCACACAAUCACACAUUAAAGUACGUAAUCGGACAUAAGGAAAUGUGUUUAAUAUGGUUAUGGUUAUGGAAUUUAGCAGACACAUUUGUCCAAAGCGAUUUACAAAAAAGUCACAUAGUAUCUUCUGGUAAUAUAGGUAAUGUUUUUAGGUAGUCACAGCUACUCUAAAUGGGAUUAUCUUGCCUCGCAUAUCAGAAUGAAAUUAAUAGUUUGAAUUCAUCUUGAAAAUAUAUUAAAUUAUGUCGGAGGCUU